AGUUUGCAGGGCUCUCCCUUUCCUUUUCUACGCGCACAUAAAAGCAGCUGGCAAAGAAAAGCUACUUUCUCCUCCAUGCAAUUGAGAACUUGCCAAGAACUACGGCAUGGAUGCAAGUGUGCGCGGCAUCAAUUUAGAAUUUGAGGGCAUAUAACUUUUCACCAAUACAUGCAAGUUGAUUGAAGAAGUAUGGAUUUGUUAGGGCUAAACGAGACGUUCGGCGAGUGUGCAACGUUGCGCGUUUUUUUGGCGCAGGGCGGGAGCGCCAACGCUUCAAACCGGAGUUGCGGCAACAUCUCCAUGCUGCUCACACCUCGCGGCGUGCGGCCAAAAGAUGACAACCACACGUUGACCAUCCUGCUGUACUCGCUCAUCUUCUUCUUGAGCGUGUUUGGAAACCUGCUGAUCAUCGUGGUGCUGACGGUCAACAAGCGCAUGCGGACCGUCACCAACUCUUUCCUGCUGUCGCUGGCUGUCAGCGAUCUGAUGAUGGCCGUAUUCUGUAUGCCCUUCACCCUCAUCCCCAGCAUCUUGAAGGACUUCAUCUUUGGCGCAAUCAUGUGCAAGAUAGUGGCCUACCUCAUGGGUAUAUCAGUGAGCAUCACUACCUUUGGCCUGGUUGCCAUAGCGAUUGAGCGCUACAGCGCCAUCUGUAACCCUCUGAAGUCCCGGGUGUGGCAAACUCGUUCCCAUGCUUAUCGAGUAAUUGCCGCCACAUGGCUGAUGGCGCUCAUCGUCAUGAUCCCGUAUCCGGUGGUGAGUCAACUGGACUCCUUUCCGGGGCGCAACAACACCACCGCCCAUAUGUGUCGUCCCAAAUGGCCCAUCGCCAUGGCCGAGCAAUCCUGGUACGUCCUGCUGCUGCUUAUGCUCUUUGCCAUUCCUGGGGUGGUGAUGAGUGUGGCCUAUGGACUCAUCUCCAGGGAGCUUUACAGAGGAAUCCAAUUUGAGAUGGGCCACAAAAAAGAUUCGACAGAUGCGAAAAAUGGCUUGACUGCAACAGUGUCGUGCGGCAGCGAUGACGGCGAUGGCUGCUACGUCAACGUCCAGCGUCCCUACUCAUUGGAAAUGUCCUCAAUGUCCGCUUCGGUCAAGAAGCCCAAGGCCGACCGGCCACGCAGCAACACAUCAGAAGCCAAGCUGGAAGCCAAGAAGCGAGUCAUCCGCAUGCUGGUGGUGAUCGUGGUCCUCUUCUUUCUGUGCUGGAUGCCUUUGUACUGCGCAAACACUUGGCGAGCAUUCGACGACAAUUCGGCCAAAAAAGCCCUCUCCGGCACACCCAUCGCCUUUAUCCAUUUGCUGAGCUACACCUCCACCUGCGUCAACCCCAUCAUCUACUGCUUCAUGAACACCCGUUUCCGGAAGGCUCUGCUCGCUACAUUCUCCUGCUGCUCCACCCCUUUCCGUCGCCAUCGUUCCCGUGGGCUGAGGGAUAACGAGGAGGACGUUAUGGCCAUGGGACCAUCCAUGUCCAAGUUUAGUUACACAACGGUCAGCACCAUGGGAACCUGCUGUGGCUGAUGGAGGAAGAGCCUGUCUGGAACCAGACAGUUCCCAGGACAACAAGGUAUACAACAUCUACUUUGUUUAGGCCAAACAGUUGGCAUCAUGUAGCGAUAUAGUAUCUUAAUUCCAUAAUUGUGAGAAAAUAAAUCGGCGUAUUGAAAAUCCCAGUGUCUCAAUGAACAGUGUAUACAUCAACUAAAACUAACAAAAAGGGAAAGCGCUGGCUUAGGUGUUAAAUCAGGACUGUACAAAUUACAGCGUGGGCGACAUAUACGGCCGGGUGUCAUAUCCCAUAAUGAACUGACUGCUACUACGACACUGAUUUCAUACAUAGCUUUUUUUAGAUUUGCCAAAAAACUAAGAAACGAUUUAGAAGUGAAAUCGUAAUGAACAAGUUUAUUCUUAACGCCCAAAUGAACAAAUAUAGGCGUAUAUUAAAAUAGUUUCUGCUCCAUGUGAAGGUCAGUGUGGUACAGAUUGCUCUGGUUUUGAUUCUGUAUGUGGAGACUGCUUAGUACAGGGGCAGGUAUAGGAUGGAAGGUCACCCCCAAUUUUAUAUACACGUAUAUAUGUACAUAUAUGCAUACAUAUAAUCGGUGAGCGUAUCUUGAACUAC